CGUCAGUGAAGUCAUCGUUGAACAUCAUACACCAACAGCAAAAUUUGCAGGCUAUCCUGUUGCACAAUAUACUUCAUCUGAUCAGACAACGCCAUGUCGGAAGCCGCACCUGCCGUCGACGCGUCUCAGAGCCGUCCCAACGCGGGGCGAGGUAGUCGACCAAAUCGCGGCGCAUCUCAAAAUUAUCCAGACGAUCGCGGACGCACUUCUGGAUCCAGAGGCCACCGAGGUCAAAGAGGGGGAAGAGGGAGAGGCCGAGGGCAAGGCCAUACCCGCGACAAUGCGUCUAAUACUCGAUCUGUAGAGACCACAGCGGAAGGCAGCUCAGGACGACCACCUGGAGGCGGCUCCGGUGCACGCCUGACCGGAGCUGCCUCGAAAGAAGAAGGCGACACAAUCCGCCCUCAAGCAAAAAGAGACGGGCAAGAGGUGGCCGUGGAAGACGCGGAGGUGUGUUUCAUAUGUGCAAGUCCAAUCGAGCACAUCUCGAUCGCACCCUGCAACCACCAGACUUGCCAUAUUUGCUCUCUGAGAUUGAGGGCUCUCUACAAGACACGAGCCUGUGCUCAUUGCAGAACAGAGGCGCCAUUCGUGAUCUUUACCGACGAUGCCGAGAAACGCUAUGAAGAAUUCAACGACCGCGAGUUCGUCAAGAUCGACGAGAAUUUGGGCAUAAAAUACGAGAAGGAUAUCAUUUUGGAAGACACAAUCCUCCUACUCCGAUAUAACUGCCCUGACAGGGAUUGUGAUGUUGCGUGCCUGGGAUGGCCGGACCUCCACCGCCAUGUCAAAAGCAAGCACGGGAAGAUGAUGUGCGACCUUUGCACGAGGAACAAAAAGGUGUUCACCCACGAACACGAGUUAUUCACCUUCGGCGAGCUUCGAAAGCACGAGAAAUACGGAGACGAUAACCCUGGAGCAGUCGAUCAGUCUGGGUUUAGGGGACAUCCAGAGUGCGGCUUCUGCAAGCAGAGAUUCUAUGGAGACGACGAGCUGUAUACCCACUGUCGGGAGAAGCACGAGCGAUGUCACAUAUGUGACAGAAGAAAUGGAGGCAGAAAUCCUCAGUAUUAUCUGAACUACCAAGAACUGGAGAAGCACUUCGGAGCACAACACUUCGUGUGCCUGGACGCUGAAUGUCAAGCAAACAAGACCAAUGUGUUCGAAUCCGAAAUGGAUCUAAAAGCACAUCAACUGGCAGAGCAUCCAAACGGCCUCUCGAAAGAUGCCAGGAGAGACGCCCGUCUAGUCAAUCUUUCUGGCUUCGAUAUCCGAACACCAUAUCAACCACAACGGCGGGGUGGUAGAGAAAGAGAAAGAGAAAAUCGUGGCAGUGGAAGAGGCCGAGAUCCGAAUGCUGAACCAUUGCCCAUAUCUAGCGCUCAACCCUUGAGUAGAGCAGAGGUGGCAUAUCAGAGACAACUAGCCAUCCAGAGCUCCCAGUCUGUCUCCAAUCGAACCUUCGGCGGUCAGCUCACCCAACCUUCGUCUGCCUCCCGCCCUCAACCAUCUUCCUCACAGCAACCUCAAACCUUACCUUCCAUCGAAAACCUCAGAGUAGACUCACCACAAGUAUCUACUGCAGAGAUGACCCCUCAAGAACAAGCCCGGGCAUUGCGACACCAAGCCGUCACUGAACGAGCCACCACUCUGUUGAAGAACGACACCACCAAACUCUCCCAAUUCCGGACGCACGUCUCCGCAUACCGCAGCGGAACCAUAUCAGCCACCGACCUCAUCGACUCAUUCUUUUCUCUCUUCGAUUGUCCAAGCACCGAACUUGGGAAACUGAUCCGCGAGCUGGCCGAUCUCUACGAAGACGACACCAAGCGCCAAUCCCUUCUUCAAGCAUGGAACAACUGGCGCAGUAUCAACGAAGAUUACCCCAGUCUUCCCGGCCCUAGCGGCACUUUACCGGGCGUAUCGAGCGGUGCUGCCGGCGCGACUGGCGGUCGUCGCGUCCUCACACUGAAGAAAAGCACCGCUCAAUCAUCUCGUUCCGCGGUCUCGAGACAAGGCUCAUGGGGCAACGCGCUCUCCGCUGGCACAAGUCGUGAUCCAUUUCCUGCACUGAGCGCUACCAAUGGGCGGGCAAUCAAACCAGCAGCAGGAACGAGCUCGAAGCAGGCCGUUUGGGGCAACACGUCUGCGCCGCAAGUUACCAACACCACGAUGGGUGCAACACCUAUCUCUCGUCCGCCUCCUACGGCAGCAUCGCGCGUCGGCUCGUCGAGCAAGAACACCGCUCCUCCGCGGCAGACGGAGGAUACGUUCCCUUCCCUGCCUGCCGCCCCGAAGCCGAACACCAUGAUGGCAGGCUUCAACACGCGCGGCUCGGUUCGCUGGUUGACUUCGUCGAGUCGCAGUUCACCCGCCGGCUCGGGGACUGCUACGCCAGUGAAUGCGUGGGGAAAUGGCGGCACGACGCCCACACCGGCUCAAGCUGCCGCGGCGACAUCGGCUGCGUUGGGCGACGAUGGCACAGAUGGUGCCACGGAGAAGAAGAAGGGGAAGAAGUCCAAGAAGGGCGAGACUCUUUUCCAUUUUGGAUAGGGUUGUCUACGUCUACACAGAUCAAUAUUGGCUUGGCUUAUUCAGUCCCCAACGACGGCGUGAGACGUCGCUACGCCUCCCUCUGUAUCAAGCCAUGAUUGUGCGAAGGCCUGCGAGGCCUGUACUGUCCGUACAUAGAAUUAUCCGCAUUGGCCCUUUAACUGGGUCCUAAUAACUGCGCUCGACGUGGAUGUCACAUGCUGAAUGGGCAUUCUCCCUCGUUUGUUCUACU